ACGGGCCCCACAGAAGUGGUGGAUUAUUGUAAAAUGUCCAAACUAGUCUAACAGUAAACAUUAAAAUUUUUGUAAUUAAAAAAUCGAUCAAUGCUUUAAUGUUUCUCCUGUGAAUCUCAGAGCGCUAAAAGACGAAUUGCGCUCCUUAGAGGGUAGUUUUAACUGUGUGGUGUAUUGAAAUCCUCAAAGGAGAAGUUACUGAGAUCGAAAAGUGUACAAAUCAGUGAAAGUUUUGGAACUUUGUUAUUGAAUCUGGACGAUGGUUGCAGAUUGACUCCGUGUGGGGUUGGGCUUCGCCCCCGCUGCGGUUGCAGCUGGGAAACGCUCGCGGACACAAAAGAUGAAUAAAAAUAUCUCCAGGAUGGGUGAGGGCGGGUCCCCGGGCGGCGGGGCGCGGCUGUCUCACACGUCCGAGAAGCACCCGCGAGCCAUCCUCGGGGAACUGUCCGCACUGAGGAGGCACAGGGAACUGUGCGAUGUGGUCCUCAAUGUUGCCAAUAGAAAAUUAUUUGCACAUCGCGUGAUCCUGUCAGCGUGCAGUCCGUACUUCCGCGCCAUGUUCACGGGCGAGCUGGCGGAGUCGCGCGCCACCGAGGUGACCAUCCGCGAUGUGGACGAGCACGCCAUGGAGCAGCUGGUGGAGUUCUGUUACACGGCGCACGUGGUGGUGGAGGAGAGCAACGUGCAGGCGCUGCUGCCGGCCGCCUGCCUGCUGCAGCUGCAGGAGAUCCAGGACGUGUGCUGCGAGUUCCUCAAGCGGCAGCUGGACUGCUCCAACUGUCUCGGCAUCAGGGCCUUCGCCGACACGCAUUCCUGUAGGGAACUGCUGAGGAUAGCGGACAAGUUCACACAGCAAAACUUCCCAGAGGUGAUGGAGAGCGAGGAGUUCCUGCUGCUGCCGGCCGCUCAGCUCAUAGACAUAGUGUCAUCCGACGAACUCAACGUGCGCUCCGAGGAACAGACCUUCCAGGCCGUCAUGUCCUGGGUCAAGUACAACGUGGCUGAGAGGAGGCAGCAUCUCGCACAGGUGUUACAACACGUCCGUCUGCCGCUGUUGAGUCCAAAGUUUCUAGUGGGGACCGUGUCCUCCGAGCUGCUGAUACGAUCAGACGACGCGUGUCGCGACUUAUUGGACGAGGCCAAGAACUACCUCCUGCUGCCUCAGGAACGACCACUCAUGCAGGGACCUCGCACCAGGCCCAGGAAACCCACGCGUAGAGGGGAGGUGUUGUUCGCGGUGGGCGGCUGGUGCUCGGGCGACGCCAUCGCGUCCGUGGAGCGCUUCGAGCCCGCCACCGCCGAGUGGAAGAUGGUCGCGCCCAUGUCCAAGAGGCGCUGCGGCGUGGGCGUGGCCGUGCUGCACGACCUGUUGUACGCCGUCGGCGGCCACGACGGGCAGAGCUACCUCAACAGCAUCGAGCGCUACGACCCUCAGACCAACCAGUGGUGCGGGGCGGUCGCGCCCACGUCCUCGUGCCGCACCUCCGUGGGCGUGGCCGUGCUGGAUGGGGCGCUGUACGCGGUGGGCGGCCAGGACGGAGUGCAGUGCCUCAACCACGUGGAGCGGUACGACCCCAAGGAGAACCGCUGGACCAAAGUGGCCGCCAUGACGACGCGGCGCCUCGGCGUUGCCGUGGCGGUCCUGGGAGGACAUCUAUACGCCGUCGGCGGCUCCGACGGCCAGUCCCCUCUCAACACGGUGGAGCGUUACGACCCUCGCGCCAACAAGUGGACGGCGGUGGCCCCGAUGUCGACUCGCCGGAAACACCUCGGCUGUGCUGUGUUCGACGGACAGAUAUACGCUGUGGGCGGACGAGACGACUGUACGGAGCUCUCCUCCGCUGAGAGGUAUGAGCCGGCGACGGACUCGUGGUCGCCGGUGGUGGCGAUGACGUCACGCCGCAGUGGCGUGGGCCUGGCUGUGGUCAACGGACAACUGUACGCGGUCGGAGGGUUCGACGGAACGGCCUACCUCAAGUCCAUAGAGGUGUUCGAUCCUGAAGCGAAUCAAUGGCGGUUGUGUGGAGCCAUGAACUACAGACGUCUGGGAGGAGGAGUCGGCGUCAUGAGGGCGCCGCACCACGAUAACCAUUACAUAUGGAAUCGCAAAGACUCCGUGGUGUGAGCGGUGUCGCGCUCCGUUGAAGGCCGCCUUACUAUCAGGUUAAGUCGUUACUCGAUCUAUUAUAUUGUUAAAAAAGUUAUAUAUUAAUUGACUAUUUAUAAAUAAAUGAAAAUACAAAUUUUAGAAUAUAAA